GGGGCUGAUGUAUUUUUGAUAGGCAGCCACAUCUGUAAGGUGUGACCAGCAGAAAAUUAGGAAGUGCGUAACAGAUUGUUAUCGAUAAAUGACAUUUGCUAGCAGAAUAGCAAUAACAACAAACAACACCGGCGAAAACCUCAAUAGCUUGCUGGUCGGCGAGGUGCGCUGCCGGCAAUUAGCCAAUUUGGCAAUCAUUGCGAAUCCUAAACAACAACAAAUGCAACUUCAAGUACAACGCAAAGAAUUCUGUCAUUGCAGCAGCAGCAAUAUGGUGAAAUAUUUGAACCAAAGCGAGGCCAUAAAUGUGGACGUGGAUCUCUUCAACGAGUACAAAUUCAGUGUGGAUCAGCUGAUGGAGCUAGCCGGUCUCAGCUGUGCGCAUGCAAUCUCUAAGUGCUUUCCAGCUGAUCGCUUUGGCCGCGUCCUCGUGUGUUGUGGACCCGGUAACAAUGGAGGUGAUGGCCUCGUCUGUGCUCGUCAUUUGGCGCUCAUGGGCUACAAACCAGUCAUUUACUAUCCCAAGCCUACGCCAAAGCAGCUCUAUGAGAAUCUGGCCUAUCAGUGCCAGCGCAUGGACAUCUGCAGUAUUGCGGAAUGUCCCAGCUUAGAGACAGCUGGAGACAGUUACGAUUUAAUUGUGGAUGCCCUCUUUGGGUUUAGUUUUAAGCCACCCGUGCGACCGGACUUUGUGCCCGUUGUGGAGUUGCUGCAGCAGACCAAAUUACCCAUAGCCAGCAUCGACAUUCCCAGUGGCUGGGAUGUGGAGCAGGGCAAGCUCAACGAUUGUGAUCUAGAGCCAACGCUACUCAUCUCGCUGACGGCACCGAAACUCUGCGCCAAACACUUUAAAGGCAAACAUUAUUUGGGAGGUCGCUUUGUGCCGCCAUCGCUUCAGCAAAAGUACGAACUUAAUCUACCCGAUUAUCCUGGCAAUGAGCUCUGCGUCAAGCUGUGAUUAACGAUCCAAAAUCGAUAGCUUUUCUUUUUUAAAUAAAAUUCCUCCUAUCAAUUAUAUUCUUAUAAGAUAAUGAUUUAAAACGUUUGUCUUCCAAAUUUAAGGUUCAUUUUAAG